AUGGAUUUCGCAUCGUUCGCUAAACCAACAAAUUCGGAUAAAAACAGUCCAACGGCAGAUGAGACUAAGACAGAAGAGCUACACUUCUGGAAGCAUGUCGAAUAUAUUGAAAACCAUGGCAAAGAUCAGGACGACUACGAAUAUUGUAUGACGGAAUUCUUACGCAUGUCCGGCAUAUAUUGGGGCGUCACUGCGCUGGAUAUUAUGAAUCAAUUGGAACGCCUUGACCGCAACUCCAUAAUUGAGUUUAUUAAACGCUGCCAGUGUCCGACGACAGGUGGUUUUGCGCCGUGUGAAGGUCACGACCCCCAUAUACUAUACACUUUAUCUGCAGUGCAGAUAUUGUGUAUUUAUGAUGCCUUGCCACAAAUUGACUGUGAGGCCGUAGUUAAAUAUGUGAUGUCACUGCAACAGCACGACGGCAGUUUCUUUGGUGAUCGUUGGGGUGAAGUGGACACGAGAUUCUCGUUUUGUGCUGUUGCCAUAUUGACGCUGUUGAAAAAAGAUUUGGCUACGACAAUUGAUGUGGAGAAGGCAGUACAGUUUGUUAUGUCGUGCUGUAAUCAAACCGAUGGUGGCUUUGGUUCUAAGCCAGGGGCGGAAUCGCAUGCGGGUCUUAUUUAUUGUUGUGUAGGCUUCUUAUCGUUGACACAUCGUUUGCAUCUCUUGGAUGUGGAUAAAUUGGGAUGGUGGUUGUGUGAACGUCAAUUACCCUCGGGUGGUCUAAAUGGGCGUCCAGAAAAGCUGCCCGAUGUGUGUUAUUCAUGGUGGGUGCUGGCUUCGCUUACGAUCAUGGGACGUCUCCAUUGGAUAAGUGCCGAUAAACUGAAACAAUUCAUCCUAUCUUGCCAAGACAAUGAAACUGGUGGUUUUGCCGAUCGUACUGGCAAUUUGCCGGAUAUAUUCCAUACUCUCUUUGGUAUUGGAGCAUUGUCGCUAUUGGGCUUUGAAGGUCUGAAACCGAUUAAUGCCACCCUGUGUAUGCCACAAUAUGUUAUGGAUCGUUUAGAAAUUAAACCACAAAUUUUAGAGAGGCCUUAAAAUU